GUAGCUCAAAGCCUUUUCAGGGGGUUGUGUCAAACAGCUAUGCCAAGGGCAUGAUGCGCUACUGUGCCCGCUUUACCAUUGCUCUCCUGCCCACGGUUUGGAGAAUGUCCACGUAUGGACAAGAGGGCCUCCACGGCACCCUGCCCUCACUCAGCAGCUUUUUCACCUUCCAGUGACUGAGCUUGCUGGAGUUGCAGUUUCCUCCUUCACGCCGAAAUCUGCUGCAGUUUAUCUCUACAUCUGACUUACUACCUAUCUGCAAGCCUUAGCUUAAACCAUCUGAGAGAACAAGCAGGAAGAAAAAGAGAGAAACAUAAAGCCGAGAAGUGGCUCAAUUUACACAAAAAGAAGAACCAACGGAAAAGAUUUCUAGUGUUUCCUCUUCCAGCUAAUAGCCACCAUGGAAUAGGGCAACAAGAGGCUAAGCUAGGAGAAGAGUUUGAAGAGUGUGUGAGACAGAGAUGGAGAAAGGAUAUGUUAAAGAUGGUUUGGCUGCCAUUGAGACUUGGAGAUCUGAUGCCACAAUGAGGACUCACACACGGGGGGCUCCCAGCGUGUUUUUCGUACAUGUGGUUUGCUUUGCUUUGGCUUCCAGCACCGAUGAGAACCCAAGCACUGUGAUUCCUUUUGUCAAUGCUAACUACGACAGCUACCCCAUGCUGUACUUUUCUAAAGGAGAGGUGGAGGACUUGCGGAUCAAGGCUGCCACUACGCAUCAGCAUAUUGCAGCUCGUCUGACUGAGGCAGUUCGGACCAUGCUGUCCAGUCCCCUGGAGUACCUUCCUCCCUGGGAUCCCAAGGAGUUCAGUGCUCGGUGGAAUGAAAUUUAUGGCAACAAUCUGGGUGCCCUGGCAAUGUUCUGUGUGCUCUACCCCAAGAAUAUCGAAGCCAUAAAUAUGGCCAAGGAUUACAUGGAAAGGAUGGCGGCUCAGCCUAGUUGGUUAGUGAAGGAUGCUCCAUGGGAUGAGGUCCCUCUUGCUCACUCUUUGGUUGCUUUUGCCACUGCUUAUGACUUCUUGUACAACUACCUUAGCAAGACUGAACAGGAAAGAUUUCUUGAAGUGAUUGCCAAUGCCUCAGGAUAUAUGUAUGAAACAUCAUACAGGCGUGGAUGGGGUUUCCAGUACCUACAUAACCAUCAGCCUACCAACUGCAUGGCCCUGCUGGCAGGAAGCCUGGUUCUGAUGAAUCAAGGCUAUCUUCAGGAAGCAUACUUGUGGACUAAGCAAGUCCUGUCAAUCAUGGAAAAGUCUAUAGUCCUGCUACGAGAAGUUACAGAUGGAUCCCUCUAUGAAGGAGUGGCUUAUGGCAGCUACACCACCAGAUCUCUCUUUCAGUAUAUGUUUCUUGUCCAAAGGCACUUUGACAUCAACCACUUCAAUCACCCGUGGCUUAAAGAGCACUUUGCAUUUAUGUAUAGAACUGUCCUGCCAGGAUUUCAGAGAACUGUGGCAAUUGCAGACUCUAACUAUAACUGGUUCUAUGGGCCAGAGAGCCAGUUGGUGUUUCUAGACAAAUUUGUCAUGCGCAACGGCAGUGGGAAUUGGCUGGCAGAUCAGAUCAGAAGGAAUCGAGUGGUGGAAGGCCCUGGGACUCCAUCCAAAGGACAGCGGUGGUGCACUCUUCACACUGAAUUUCUCUGGUAUGAUGCAAGCUUGCACUCCGUACCUCCACCAGACUAUGGUAUUCCAAAGCUGCAUUAUUUUGAGGACUGGGGAGUUGUAACAUAUGGAAGUGCAUUGCCAGCUGAAAUCAACAGGCCCUUCCUCUCCUUCAAAUCUGGAAAACUGGGAGGUCGUGCAAUAUAUGAUAUUGUUCAUAAGAAUAAGUACAAAGAGUGGGUCAAAGGGUGGAGGAACUUCAAUGCUGGCCAUGAGCACCCUGAUCAGAACUCCUUUACCUUUGCUCCCAAUGGUGUACCUUUCAUAACAGAAGCCCUGUAUGGGCCAAAGUAUACCUUCUUCAACAAUGUGUUGAUGUUUUCCCCAGCUGUGUCAAAGAGCUGCUUCUCUCCAUGGGAAGGGCAGGUUACAGAGGACUGUUCAUCAAAGUGGUUGAAAUACAAACAUGACCUGGCUGCAGACUGCCAGGGGAGAGUAGUCGCCGCUAUGGAAAGAAGUGGAGUGGUUUUUAUCAGGGGAGAAGGAGUGGGUGCUUACAACCCAAAACUGAAGUUGAAAAAUUUCCAAAGAAAUCUUUUACUUCUGCACCCCCAGCUUUUGUUGCUUGUGGACCUAAUUCAUCUUGAAGAUGGCAGCCCCCUGGAGGCAGCCACCAGCUUCUUCCACAAUGUGGAUGUGCCUUUUGAAGAGACUGUUAUUGAUGAUGUCCACGGGGCUUUUAUUAGGCAUCACGAUGGGAUGUAUAAGAUGUACUGGAUGGAUGAUACUGGCUACAGUGAGAAGGCUACUGUUGCCUCAAAAAUGUAUCCCCAGGGCUACCCAUACAAUGGAACAAACUAUGUGAAUGUUACAACCCACCUGCGGAACCCAAUCACCAGAGCAGUUUACCUCUUCAUAGGACCUUCCAUAGAUGUCCAGAGCUUCAAUGUCCAUGGAGAUUCUCAGCAACUGGAUGUCUUCAUAGCCACCAGUGAGCAUGCCUAUGCCAUUUACCUGUGGACUGGUGAGGAUGGAGGCCAUUCUGUCUUUGCACAGAUUAUUGCAGAUCGCCAAAAAAUUCUAUUUGACCGAACCUCUACCAUAAGGAACUCCGCUGUAUCAGAGGUGAAAGAUUAUGUUCAGAUUGUGGAGCAGAAUCUUCAGCAUUUCAAACCUGUCUUCCAGCAGCUUGAGAAACAGAUUCUGUCCCGUGUGAGAAACACAGAUAGCUUUAGAAAGACUGCUGAACGCUUGCUGAGAUUUUCAGAUAAGAGACAGACGGAAGAAGCCAUUGAUAGGUUAUUUGCUAUCUCCCAGCAGCAGCAGCAGCAGCAAGGCAGGGCAAAGAAAAGCAAAAAGGUAGCCAAAGGCUACAAGUUUGUUGAUGCCAUUCCUGACAUCUUUGCACAAAUUGAAGUAAAUGAAAGAAAAGUGCGACAGAAGGCACAGACUCAGGCACAAAAAGAGUUACCUGUAGAUGAAGAUGAGGAAAUGAAAGACCUUUUAGAUUUUGUAGAUAUUACUUAUGUGAAUCACAAAAAUGGUGCAUCAAUCAAAGGCCAAUCUGGACUGGAACAAAUGGUGAGCACUGCUCGAAGCAGUGCCCCAUCAAUAUCGGCUUCUUAUACCCGCCUCUUCCUAAUUCUAAACAUUUUUAUUUUCUUUGUUAUGCUGGCAAUGCAGAUGACCUAUUUCCAAAAGGCCAAGAGCCUACAUGGCCAAAGAUGGCUUUAUACAAUACUUUUAGUUGACAGCUGUAUAUUAUUGUGGCUGUAUUCUUCUUGUUCCCAGUCACAAUGUUAGCAAAAGAUCAUGUACUACUUGACCAGUUUAUGGUCAUAUGUGUCUAUGCAAAAGAAUUAACCCUAAUAGGGACAUAGUUUGUUUUUUCCUUUUCUGAAACAUUCCAGGAAAUAGCUGAGGAACGGUUGAUUCAACCCAUGAGGGAAGAGGGAAAAAUAAUGCAUUUUUGAGAGACCUAAGUGUUCCUCAUCUGUGCUUUGGUUGCGUUUGACAUCUGAAGGAUAUUAUGCUUUGUUCAUCAAAGCACAGUACGUGAAACUGUACUUAAUUUCUACCAAAAAAAAAAAAGCCUUCUUUAAGAGGUUAUUUGUCUCCUAAGCUCCUUGGUUUUAUACACAAUUGGUUUUGCAUAGUAUUACUUUCAGGCUUCUAAAGAUGCCUAUGAAAUCUGGGCAGGAAAUGGUUUUCCUGCUCAAUGAAAAUGUUUGAGAUAUCAAAAAAUGUUCCUGUCCCAAACUGGGACAUAAAAUGACAAAACCUUGAAACUAUCCAUAUAUCAAAAAUCCAUCCUCCCAAAAUUUGGGGUUUAAAAAUGUGGAAACAGGACAUUUUGACCAUUUCAUAAUGUUUUUUUCUCAAAAUUUUUUCAAAUUGAGAUUUGUUGAACUUUCAAGGGAUAUUUGUAGAAACCAACCCUGUUUCACAAACAAUUUAGGUUUUGACGAAUCAGCAUUUUUCAGUGAAAGAAAAGGUGUUAAAAAUUCUCAACCAGCUCUAAUGCCUAUAUACAUAAUCUUACAACUCAAUUAUUCAAAUUGAAAGGGCAUAGGAAAGAUUAACAAGUUAUAGUUGGAGGCAAAUAAGAAGCAAACUUUAAGCAUAAGGGAUUAUUCUCAUUUAGAAAAAUCCCAUUCCCAUUCGCCAGACCAGAUUAAAACUGGAGGAUGAACCCUGAUAUGAUCUGCUUUUGAUUUUACAGGGUAAUGUUUCUCAAACAUUAUCAUAUGGGGAAACCACCACUAUCACCACCACCACCCUGUGGCAACCCCAACAAUUGCUUAUGUGGAAAAGCUGUAUUAAGAAAGUAUUUGAUGUAUUUAAUUUUUUUUUAGCUCUCAGAGUGAUUAUAUAUAGCUGGAAACAAAGAAGAACCAGAACCAUGUGACCAGACAGUUCUUCACAGACCACCAGCUAGUGCUCUGCAGAUCAUUAGAGGCACACGGCUCAUUAAUUUGGCAAUCAUUAUAUGGAGAAAACUGUGGCUUCUGACAAUGAGUUUGACACCUUUACUUACAUUGCAUUCAUUAAACUGAAUUUAAAAAAUCAUAGCUGUCUGUGAGGUUUUCAGUAUGGAGCGUCUAUAGAACUGGUGUAUAUUACUGUAUGUCUUUAAGAAACAGAAAAGCAUUUCUUCCCGUACAUUUUGUUAAAUAAACAAAUCAUAAUUGUCUCUGAUGCAUAGAUUUUUUUUGCUUUGUUGACUAGAAUAUUUCCCCCAAUAAUUUAAACAACUGGGUGGUUUUCAUUAGCUCCUAAUUCACAACAUAUAAUAUUAAGGGAUGGCGCUCUCUGAAUUUCACCACUUGGGCCCUUGAUAUUGAUGUUUUUUUCUUUAAAAAUAUCUGGCCACGGAUGAGGACCUUUUCAUGAAAUAAAAAUACACAGGUGAAUAUCUUAAAUUAAUAGCCUCAGGUGCAAACUAACACUUUAUAAGAUCUAGAAAAUGUAUAACAACCCUUAUUUAAUUUCAGUUUCCCAUACUGAGGCAAGUUCUGCUCAUGUACAGAAACCCUAUUGAAGUCUCUUGGAGAGCAGCAAAAUAAAUUGUCACCCAACAUUAUUCUUCAUAACUAUGCAUAUUGCUUUCUUCUAAGGUUGGAUUAUAAAUUGGUCCAAUAAUAGGGUGUCGAAGCAGCUGGUAACAUAUGAUAGAUCAAUAAAAGUGCUUAAAAUGGCAUGUGAUUUUUAUUUUUAUUUUCCUAGAAACUGUUGAUUAAUUUUUAACUCUCAUGUAAUAUUAAUGGUCAUUAAAUGUUGAAUCUUCAGGAAAA